GCCACGCCACAUCGCACUAAUCCGGCUCAGUCUUUGCCAAUCACCGCAUGGGAGCAGAGGAUAUCCGGACAGCCCACUGGCCACGUAAUCAAUCAUUUUAUGGACUAAUAGCCCACAACCCCCAGUAAAAUGCACAAGGCCAUUAAAAACAAAUCCAGGUUGCUCUGUGGACUCAAGAACUCCAAGGCGGAUCUGACGACGGCUAAGUUUAUACUAUAUUAUGGACCGACGGUAGCAGAUAGCGAUAUCUAUGACCUAACCGAUUUCCAGAGUCUUCUGGAGGAUAUACACUUGGAUUUGGCCAAGAAUACUGUGCUCUAUUUGCAUGGCUAUCUGGAAGAUCCCGAUGUGGAGAGCAUUCACGUCAUAGCCGAGGCCUAUUUGGAGCGAAAGGAUACCAACCUUAUCGUCCUGGACUGGGGUGAACUGGCCGAUGGCAAUUACAUGUUCGAUGCCUUCCCCAACCUCAAGCAAUUGGGCCCCGAGUUGGCCAAGAUCCUGCUCAAAAUGUUCGACCAUGGCCUGGACAUUGACAAGUUUCACAUUGUUGGACAUUCGAUGGGUGGCCAAUUGGCCGGGCUCCUGGGUCGCGAGAUUAUCAAGAGAUCCAAAGGUGCUCGAAAGCUGAAAAGGAUUUCCGCCCUGGACCCCGCCUUUCCGCUCUUCUAUCCGGGAGCCCACCUGUCUGCCAGUGAUGCGAAAUUUGUGGAUGUGAUACACACGGAUGCCUGGCUAUAUGGUGCUCCGACGAGCACCGGGACGGCGGACUUCUGGCCCAACGGCGGCAACAGCCUGCAGCCGGGCUGUCCGAAGCGCAACUACAAGAUGCUCAGCGACAACGAUUUGUCCAGUCACCGGCGAAGCUGGUGGUUCUGGGCCGAGAGCGUCUCGGAUCGGUAUCCCAUCGGAUUCGAUGCUGUGUCCGCCAAGAAAUGGUCGGACUUCAAGCAAAACAAGACGACGGAGACUUGCCCGCCGGUGGUGAUGGGUCACCAUUGCCCCACAUCAAUUCAUGGCGAUUUUUACUUACAAACCAACGGACAAACACCUUUUGCUCGUGGAAAGGAGGGCACUGUGUACGUGGAGCCCAAUCAGCUGCUAGGAAAUACCCACAGUAUCACCUGUGAUAGCCCUCCGCAGCAAACGAAUUAAAUUGAUCAUUAGCAAUUGCACUGUGUACAUUUGAAAUGUAGCUAAAUUAAUGUUGUUUCUCCUUACAUUCGCCUUACAUCACAUUUUGCUAUACGAGAAAUAUAUACUUAAAUUUUGUUGUUGACCAAAAAAAA